UUCCAAAAUGGCGGCCGUCGAAGAAGAUCUUCCAGAAGCACGUGAAGAAGAUGUCGCAGAAAACGAAGAUUUACCCGAAAAUGGUGAAACUGUAGCGUCUAAAAAGAAGAAGAAGAAGAAAAAGAAGAAGAAAGGUGGAAACUGUGAUGACGCUGGCAAUGAUGCUGCUAUAGUCAAUGGUGAAGUCACAAAUGAAGAUAAAGAAAACAUUGAAAAACCUGUGAAUUCUGUUGUUGAUGAAGAUGAAGAAAUGGAGAAUGGCGAAGGAGGAAGCACAAAUACUUCAAGUAAAAAGAAAAAGAAGAAGAAGAAAAAGCCUGGUUCAGCUUCACAGGGAGAGACCAACAAACCAGCAGCUACACAGCAAACUGAUCCACCAACUGUUCCAAUAUCACAGCUCUUUCCCAAUAAUAAUUACCCUAUAGGAGAAUUAAUGAGCUACAAAGAUGAUAAUUURUGGCGUGAGACAAGCGARGAGAAGAAAGCUCUUGACCGUAUGCAUGAYGAYAUUCUUGCUGAUGUUCGUCAAGCUGCUGAGGCCCACAGACAAGUUAGGAAAUAUGUCCAGGGAUUUAUUAAACCUGGUCUUACAAUGAUAGAAAUAUGUGAAAAACUGGAAGAAGCCAGCCGGAGAUUGAUAAAUGAAAACAAACUUGCAGCAGGCCUUGCCUUCCCAACAGGCUGUUCAUUAAACCAUUGUGCAGCCCACUACACWCCCAAUGCUGGAGACAAAACUGUGCUUAGUUAUGACGAUGUCUGUAAAAUUGAUUUUGGAACACAUAUUAAUGGGCGUAUUAUAGACUGUGCUUUCACAGUUUCAUUUAAUCCUCGAUAUGACAAUCUGCUGGCUGCGGUCAAAGAUGCUACAAACACUGGCAUCAAGGAAGCAGGUAUUGACGUGAGACUUUGUGAUGUUGGAGAAGCCAUCCAAGAAGUUAUGGAGUCAUAUGAAGUUGAGCUUGAUGGCAAGACAUUUAGAGUUAAGCCCAUAAGAAACCUUAAUGGCCAUUCUAUUGGUCCAUAUCGCAUACAUGCUGGAAAGACAGURCCAAUAGUCAAGGGAGGUGAAGCCACAAAGAUGGAGGAGAAUGAAUUCUAUGCCAUUGAAACCUUUGGAAGUACUGGUAAAGGUGUAGUACAUGAUGAUAUGGAGUGCUCUCAUUAUAUGAAGAACUUUGAAGCUGGACAUAUCCCCUUAAGGGUACCRAGAGCUAAACAGCUUUUGAAUGUCAUUAAUGAAAAYUUUGGAACAUUAGCUUUUUGUAGAAGAUGGCUUGACCGUCUGGGACAGACGAAGUACUUACUUGCACUGAAGAACCUGUGUGAUUCUGGUAUUGUUGACCCAUAUCCACCAUUAUGYGAUAUCAAGGGGUGCUAUACAGCUCAGUAUGAACACACCAUACUCCUAAGACCAACUGUCAAAGAAGUUCUCAGUCGUGGAGAUGAUUAUUGAAGAUGCAYUCUACUGCACUUUAUCUGGAAAGUGAUUAUCUGCUAUCAGACCUUUCUAAGUUUAGAGUUCCACCUUUGUAUAUGUAUAAGCUGUCGAAAUAGUCAAGCUUUUUAUUGAAGUGCUUUCUGAACCUUGUGCGACACCCAAUCAUCGGGAAGAUAAGGAUACCUCUUUGAAAAUGAAGGAAGCUGAUUUGUGUGUGCAAAUAAUAUUGUCCUUUGUGUUAAAAGGUAUUCAACAUAGCAAGCACAAGGUUCAUCUUUUAUAAAUACAGAGUUGCUACCACCUUUCAAAAUGGUGCCAUAAACUGUCAAGGAAAUGUUUUUUACAGGGUCUUCCAACUACAAAUGAAGGGGUGUUUGGUCCCUCAUCUGUUGGGUGUUCUCCUAACUCUCCAUAUUAUGUACUUUUAUCGGAGUAGUUUAUUGUUUGGUAAAAUAUGCACACAUAUAAGAGGAUAUUUCCAAAUUCUUGAUUUUUAAAUGAUAUGUAUUCUUGCAAYUAAUCUUUCUGUUAUAAUUAUGACAUUUGAUUGGACUCAGGAUUUUGUACUGCUAGUGUAAAAAUUGGAUAUCUGAGCUUCUUGAAGUUAUUUAAGCUUGUGAAAGAAUCAAUAAUAGGAAUUGUUGAAUAUGGAUACUGAAAAGAUUUCCAAUAACUCAAUGAUCAAUAACUUGAUAACAAAUGAACUUUAUAGUGGAUGUACUUUUAAAAGAGCUUGAGUUUGCCUAAAAUGCGAUUCAYAACAUGACAUUUAUAGCAGAAAAGUGUAGCUUAAACAUAAAUCUAAGUGUGAUUUCCAAUAAAAAUCUAUGGAAAGAUUCACAACAGA